CGCCGGAACGCCCUAACGCUAUCAGCUCUCACCGUCAUCAACGCUCACACACCCUGUCAACGUUCCUGAACAUUGUGUGCUAUUAGCGACGUCAUCAAUCUUCCCUGCCAUGGUGCAAUACGCAGUGACUAUAUCCUCCUAUUUGCUUGCGUCGUUCCACACUCAAGUUAAAUAAGCGGACCGAAAGGGAGCAUCUCGGCACAUCUGUAGCUUGAUAUUCGUCGAAAUGAAGCUCACCUUCGUUGCUUUCGUGUCAUGCCUUUUGUUAGGCUUCCUUGCGGGCUCGAUUGCACUACAAUGUGACCAGACGGCAUUCGACAAUGCCGUAGACACCUGCAGGCCCACAUCUACACCAGCUACUCCACUUGAGACAGCAAACGAGUGGACCGAUGCACAACGGGAAGAACUCUGCAGGGCCAUCGCAACAUUCCGUGAGUGCAUGGUGUCGAAAAACCUAGGAAAAGAAUGCCAAGCUGCAAUUGCUGACAUGGUUCAAGAAGCGGUGCAGUAUGCAACACCAAAUAAAGCAGCAAAGCCGUGCAACGUUGUAGGACCCUCGGUCAACGCUGAACAACCCAAGAGCAACACUGCAGCACGCACGACGCAUCCUCCAUGGCUACUGGCAGCACUGCUCUUCGUGGUGUCCACGACAAAGGUCGCAGCAUUUCAGUAAGAAAGCCGACCAACGGCUUGUGGGUUCUGCAGCUUCCCAUCGUCCAUUUGCGCAGAGUGUGAUUCCGGGUUAUUAAAGUUACUCCCUAAAAGUAUAUGAGCUACAGCUACAGAUACGCCGUGGGAGAAAAUACACUGGUACGGUUACACAUACUUUCAAUAAUGUACUGAGUGCUUUAACAGUUACUUUUUCCAUUAAGUUAUUAGGUUGAUUUUGAAAACUGUUAUUUGUGACAUUACGGUUAAUAAAGUAUAUUAGCUUGGGUAA